AUGUUUUUGGUAAACGUAUUUUUACUGGGUUUUAACGUACUAAAAAAUGCCAAAGCGGGAGUUUCCACUUCCACAUAUCGUAACGUUCUCUUUGAUGCGUGUGGGGAUCGUUUCAUAAUUCCACAAUUUGAUUUUUGUGCCGCGUCUCGAUUAUUUUGGGGUCUUAUCGCUGGAGCUGUUGCAUACUUUAUAUUCACCUCAAUCGUGGCAUUAGCAUUAUAUAUCGAAUUACGUAGAAAAGGUUUUCAUGCUUCAUUUACGGCAUUUUGGCAUUCCCCCGUUUUCUUAGUAUGUUUUUUUUAUUCGUCGAAACGGAGAGUGGAUAUUUUAAGUAUACCCAAUAAAUAUGUAAAAUUAGCAUCAUGGACACGUAGUCAAAUACAUCGAAUUUCAUUAGCAACUUAUUGUUUAAUAUGUUCGGUCUUGAUUUUUAUCUCAUUAACUCAUGGAACUGCGGAAAAAUCGAAAAUCGACGGUGAAGGAUUUGACAAAGGAUUAUCAAAAU